AUGUACUGGGCUGCUGGCUUCGCCUCUUCCCGGCCGUGUGUGGUUGAACUCGGGCGGAAUCACAGCCUGCCCCUCGGGCUGUGUGGCUCCGAGCAGCAGCAGUCUCUGUAUGGCUACAUCAUCGCCGUCCCUUUACAGGACUACGGCGGCAUCAUGUCGGCUCUGGGCUCGGACUCCUGGUGGAAGAAGACCCUGUACAUCACCGGGGGGGCCCUGCUGGCCGCCGCAGCCUACCUCCUGCACGAGCUGCUCGCCAUUAGGAAGGAGCAGGAGCUGGACUCUAAAGACGCCAUCAUCCUCCAUCAGUUCUCCAGGCCAAAGAACGGCGUGCCCAGCCUCUCGCCCUUCUGCCUCAAAAUAGAGACGUACCUGCGCAUGAUGGACCUGCCCUACCAGAACUACUUUGAUGGAAAGCUGUCGCCGCAGGGUAAGAUGCCCUGGAUCGAGUACAACCACGAGCAGGCGUCAGGGUCAGAGUUCAUCGUGGACUUCCUGGAGGAGAAGCUGGGCGUCAACCUCAACAAUAACCUCACCCCGCAGGAGAGAGCCGUGUCCCGAGCCAUCACCAAAAUGGUCGAGGAACACCUGUACUGGACGAUCGCCUACUGUCAGUGGGUGGACAACCUGGAGGAAACUCAGAAGCUCCUGGCGAUGAGCGGCCCCCUGAGCGACACGCUGAAGUGGCUGCUGAGCCGCCUGAACGGCAGCAUGGUGCGCAGGGAGAUGUACGGCCACGGCAUCGGCCGCUUCUCUAAGGAGGAGGUCUACGCGCUGAUGGAGAAGGACCUGAGGACGCUGGCCACACUGUUGGGAGACAAGAAGUACUUUAUGGGCUCUAAAAUAUCGACAUUAGAUGCUACUGUGUUUGGGCAUCUAGCCCAAGCUAUGUGGACGCUGCCUGGGACCCGACCAGAGCAACUCAUCAAAGGGGAGCUCAUCAACCUGGCCAUGUUCUGCGACCGGAUGCGGAGGAGGUUCUGGCCUGAGUGGUUCGUGGAGGUGGAGGAUCUCUACUACGACGGAGACAGUGAGUGCAGCAGCAGCGGCGGCGGCGUCUCCCCCACAGGCCUCUUCUCCCGGACCGACACUCUGGACGACAGCGACGCCAGCAUCCACUCAGCCGGACACACGCAGGCACGUGCGCACUCCCCCGACUCUGACCAGUCGCUCUUUGACUCGGACGUGGGCACGGGCUCCGACAACGACGUGCAGCUCAAGGACGAGCAGAUUCCCGACCUGGAGGUUUGACCCGGAGGGCCGUCGCAAUCUGCUGACGGGGUCGAGACCGACGGGAGGAGAGAGAACUGCGUCGGGCCGGCUGGGAGAAUCGAGUCGCCAGAGAGCAGCGCUCACAGCCGAAAGUAACUGUUCCGGCACCUCCAGCAGCCACAACAAUAAACCCUCCCGAUGGACACGCAGAGCAAACAAACUGAGCCUCUAAAAGACACGUGCCAGUGCGUGUGGUCUGCCUCACUCCCGUGGCAGCUUCUCUUUGCCUUAUUCGUCUCGUCCUGGGAUGCAGAAGCCGGCGUGAAAGGCGAACGCGGGGAAUACGUCUGGUGGGAAAGCGCGGCGACGACGGAGGAGUGGUGCAAAACACGCGGAAGGUGGCACUGCACUUGCCUACGAAACGAUGCAACUAAUCACCACUCCGACACGUGUCUUAACGCACAAACCCCGCGGGAACAGGUGGAGAUCGAUCAUGUGGCUGAAAGGGACAGCUGCCGAGUCUCGGCUGUUAACCGUGCGCGUGCUGGAGAGGGAACUCGGAGGACGCCGGGCGCCAGUUCAUUCUUUAGUCGGGACAGAUCCUCCCGUUAUUUCCUUUAUGCUGCUGUGUGUGGGAAGAAUCUGCAUCAAAACAGGACGUGUGUGUGUGUCCAUAGAUGCACUCCUAGUCCUAGGAAAUAGAAGUCAGAGGGGCAGAUUUGUGCGUGUUGCACUUACCACUUAUACUCCUUACUCCUCUCUUCUUAAUGGUGAUUUGCUGGCACUUUGUUAUUGGAUAAGUUGGUGCUUUUUGAUUUGGGUAAAGUGCUGCACUUUGUAUAUUUGACCACCAGAUGGAGUCAGCAGUCAGUUCAAUGCCUUCUUUGUUUUGAAAUAUCAAGGUCAUUCCACCUCGAGGACCUGCAGCACAUUUAACACAGCAAUCAUUUUCUCCUACAGCCCCAAACUUUAAUGUUGUGGUUCCCGAUCAAAAGGUAACCAGUUUGUCAGCAACCACUCAGCCUUAGUUCUUACUCACUAAAAUGGUGUGAAAAUAGUCUGCAACAGUUUUUAAUUGUGAUAUAAUUUGUUAUCAGUGCCACUUUAUUAUUCUUUCUACCUUAUGUGUCAAAUGUAUAUAUAUAUAUAUAUAUAUAUAUUUUUUGUUAAUAUUUCUUUUCUUACUGCUCUCAAAGAGAGAUCUUAUUUUUGCACUAGUGGAAAUUUAUUUUCACCUUGUUUUAAUCUGCUGUGGAGGUGAAGAACAGAGUCGGCCAAAUGAAUGGGACACUUGGAUGUGUGAAGCUGAGCGUUCUGAUCAUGAUUGUGCUGCGAGGACGUGAAUGUCCUCGGUGAAGCAGGUGAUGGAGAGACAGUCAGAAUACCAAACCGGCAGAAUGGAAUACGGCGAGUUUAGAAACCUCGGGUACAAGAAUGGACCAAGAUGUGUCUGUAUUGUUCGCUUUGGUCCGGCGCAUUAAGCUUGCUGCAAGCGCUCGUAAUGGCAAUAUGAUUUCUAUGAUAAGACUGUGGUGCAUAUAGAGUAGAUGUGAUUUGGGUCGGCUCACUCAAGUAACAAAAAAACUAUUUAGAUUUGGUCUUAUUGAACCAUGCAGAUGGUUUGGGUUUUAUUCCUCCAGGUUUUCAAAGGUGUUGAUACAAUGAAGGACAAUAGACAAUAGAUUUGAGCUUGUCAUCUUUCUGGCAGAGUUGACCACAAAUAAAAAACGGCAAUAACAGGUUUUUAAACAUUCUUCAUCCGUGAUUUUCCAUCCAUGGUGUCAAAUCCUUCAUGCGUUUCCCCUUAUUCAAGCAGUUGUUUGAAUGUAGAAUAAAAAGUGACAGCGAGCUCUGUGGACACCUGUGGACGUUUACUUUGAGCUGCUAUAGUCAGUAGUUUUAUUUUAACAAGGAUCAAUGUAAAAGGGGUCGCUAGUAAUAACCACAGAGCAUUUUCCCCCGACGCUGCAAAUUCUCCAAACGGUCUGCUGUUGUGGUUUCUUGUUUGGCUUCGCUCUCAAUGCGCUCGUGUGCUUAAUUUUAGAAGCCGGUAAGCAUUUGUUUUCUGCAACAAAGCUUUAAACAGCGCUGUGCAGCCGCUGCUCUGUGUGAAUCAGCAGCAGAUCAAGUUAGAGAUAGUUGGUGACCACGGUGCAGCAUUUAGCCGAGUAGGAGGCAGAUAUUUCCCUUUUUGGGGAUUUGCGGAGAGCGAAAAGGCAGAGUGAAUUUUGGCACUUUACACAGGAAACGA